UUGAAAUUUGAUAAUAAUAUUAUGAAUAGUAAAGCAAAGAAAAACAUCGUUAAUAGAUCCUUCUCGAAACUAGGAUUCACAAUGACCCUCCUUCCAUACCUUUUCAAGGAAUACGAUCAAUGGGGAGACUUUAUGUGGAAUAUCUGCUAUUCUGCAAGGCUCAGCUGGUAUAAAUGUGAGCUCGCAUUCUUAAGUAGCUAUCUUAACUGAGAGUUUGACUUUGACGAAGAAUUGACGACACUACUUUCCUGGCAGCAGAUUGAUUCCUCUCCACAACUUGGAGAGCAAUAUGACCUUGUAUUGAAACCUCAGAGAGGCAACAGGAAAGUCAGAAAUUUCCUAGCAUUAGCUAAAUCAUAUCGAUUCAAGGAGCUAAACUCCUUAGUAUUUAGGUGAAUGGACACUCUUGAUUUGGUUGGUACUAGGUAUGCAUCCAAAUUUCUAAAAUUUUCCCUUCCCAAAAAGAUCAAUGAAGUAUCUCUUGAGUGAGAUGGAGAGGUUGAGCCUUACAUAAACAGCCUCUGUUUACUUCUUCCAAGAGUCAGAGCUAAGAUAACUCUUUCAAAGUUUACCUUCACAGGAGAUGAGUUAAUUAAGGUAUUAAAAUCAAUUUUAAGAGCAUCUGAAGUCAUCUUUGAUAAAUGCAUAUUCACAGAAAUCGACAACAACAAAAUGAUCAAAGAGUCUCCAAAAUUCAAGGUGAAAUUGAUCACGGUCAUAAAUCUUACUAACAAUCAGACAACAAAGGAGCAUAAACUCCAAUUCAAGCUGCCUCUCCAAGCCAAGAACUCUACCCCGAAGGUUCCUUCAGACUCUCUCCUCCCCCAGACAUCUGGAUGUUCUGACCUGACCUUCCUCUUCACCCUUCCAGGCCCCCAAAUCUCUUAGAACCUCUCCACUAAAUUUCUUCAACACCGAUCUCGAUAACA